ACAGCUGUUUGUAAACGCCGGGCUUGUUACUAACUUCUGUGCUAACUUUCCGUCAGUCAUUUUGUCGAUGACUGAGUUUUUGCGGUCGACGAUAUCUAUAAAAAUCUUUGUCAUCUGCAGUUAAUUUCUAAAGUGUCACAAUGAGUUCUGGCAUGCCUGAGUUGGGCUCUAAAAUAAGCCUAAUAUCGAAAGCUGACAUCCGCUAUGAAGGCCGACUUUUCACCGUUGAUCCUCAGGAAUGUACUAUCGCUUUGGCUAGCGUGCGAUCUUUUGGGACGGAGGAUCGGGAGACGCAGUACCCGGUAGCGCCCCAGAGCCAAGUGUACGACUACAUCUUGUUCCGAGGCUCCGAUAUAAAGGACAUUCGAGUGCUGAACAAUGUUCCAUCACUGCCGAACGACCCCGCCAUCAUGCAGAUGUCGGUGCCGCCGUCGCUGGGCGGGGGCGCGGCGCCGGCGCAGUUCGGCGGGCAGUUCACGCACCCGGUGGUGGGGCAAGCCCCAUACCCGCAGUACCACCCCAUGGCCGGCUUCCCGGCAGGCGUGCAUGCGCCUGGCCUCAACAAGACCAGUGAGUUGUCCCCGCAAACGUCGGUGGAUCUGGCUCCACAGCCACAGCCGGCCACGGCUCCUAUUGGCUCGGGUGUGGCACAUCAUGCCAACCAAGUGAAAGACCAAGGUUCGAUGUUGGAUCUGAUUGGGGGAGGGUCGCAGCAGAAUGCGUCUAGGUCCGGAACCCCGGCCGUGGGCGGACACAGGAAGAGCCCCACCGCCGACCAGGGCACCCAGCAGGUGGGGUCGGUAGCGGGCGGGUCGGGGCAGCAGCGCGAGGCGCGGGGCGGCAGCAAGCAGCAGCAGGCGCGCGGCCGCGCCGACUCGCGCUCGCGGCAGCGGUACCCCAGCGGCGGUGCGCAGGCCGCCGCGCACCACCAGCAGCAGCACCACCAGCAGCACCAGCCGCAACAGCACCACCAGCAGCAGCACCACCAACAACAGCACCAACAGCAACAGCACCAUCAGCAACAGCACCAGCAGCAUCAUCAGCAACAGCAUCACCCCACGCAGCACCACCAGCCUGACGGUGGGGCAGGGCAAGGCUACAACCGCGGCGGGUGGCGCGGACGCGGCCGCGGGCGCGGGCGCGGGUUCGUGCCACGCAACAAGAACACCCUCAAGUUCGACAACGACUACGACUUCGAGCAAGCCAACACCGAGUUCGAAGAGCUACGUAGUCAACUGGCCAAGACCAAGAUCUCUGAUGGUGAAGUGAAGCCAGAGGCCAAUAGUAAUGAGGAACUGCAACCCGUGACGGCGGUGGCUGGUGAGACUGACAAGAAGGAUGACUCUGGCAACGAGACGGGCGCGGGCGAGGCCGAGGUCGACGACGACGGUUUCACCGGCUACGACAAGAACAAGAGCUUCUUUGACAACAUCUCCUGCGAGGCUGUUGAGAGGUCGAAAGGUCGGUCGCAGCGGACGGACUGGCGGACGGAGCGCAAGCUGAACUCGGAGACGUUCGGCGUGGCCAUGGCGCGCCGUGGCGCCUGGCGCGGGCGGGCCAACUGGCGGCACAACCCGCAGCAGCAGCACUGGCGCGGCAUGCGCGGGUCCCGCGGGCGCGGCUUCCCGCAGCAGCACGCGGCGCACGCGGCGCGCGCGCGCCCCGCCGGCGCGCUCACGCAGCCGCCGCCGCACGCGCAGCACCACGCGCAGCACGCCCAGCACCCCAUGCCCGCCGCCGGUAACCACUCCCUAUCCACUUUUAAUACCCAAGUAGGGGAAGCUGUCCUAUGAACACGACACUGAAUCUUAAUUUAUUAUCGCAAGGACUAAUCACAAACGGAAAAGUAACGGAAAAGUGUUUGUUGGUGAUUGAAGUGUUAAAUAUAAUCGUUUCUAAAGUAAAAGAGUUUUGCGGGAAGUAUUAUCGUGGUGAGAGAUAUAAGUUGAAGGACAUAGUUUUGGUGUGAUAGUGUUGUAUCCAAUAUAAUGGAAGGAGUAAGAUGGAAAUUCCCGUAAGCAUGCUACAGAACAAGUUGUAUUCGUCCAGCCGCUCACCGUUAGUGUAAUGUAAGUAUAGUAUAGGGGGCGAACACGUACGCUAAUUGGGCAAGCAUUGGCAUCUAAAUUGGAAUGUAUGUCACAAGUCGACAGUAACGAUAUUAGGCUAAAUUAUGUCGAUAUGUCAAUGUAUCAUAGGGUGAGAAUGAGCCAUGUAAAGAUGCCUCCACUUGUAAAUUUUACUGAGGCUAUGUAGUAAGGUGUCCUGCAUAGUGUAAUUGAAUCUUUAUUUAUGUCAUGCCCAAUGAAUUAUAAUAUAUUUUCCUAAAGCUUCUCACCAAUUAUGCGCAGUCUGUGCCUAUUAAAGUUGUAACGAAAGGUAGAUUAAUGUGAUCGAUGUUAUUAUUUCGGGUCAUUGCACUUCCAUUUUUUUUAUCGUGUUUGCAAUGACGAAAUAGGUGUUAUUAGCAGCAGUCCUACUAAGUGUUAGAAUGUAACACAAUAGUGAAAUAUAUUUUUGGGUCUGUUACACAAGUUCGAGGAAAUAGUUGAUCUGCUGGCAGAUUGUUUGAAAUAAAUGAUUAAUCUAAUCACUAGGUAAACAAGGCACUCUAAAUUGUUGUGAGGGACCCAAAAUAAAAUAAAAUAUUGUAUGACUUGAAGUGUUUUAUUGACUGUCUGUUUUAAUGUUAGUGAUAGAAUUUAAAAAUGUGAUAGUAGGACUGCUGAUGAGAUCUGAUGGCAGUGCCACUGAAUGCAGUGUACACCUCUCUAAGUAUAUCGAACCAGUUAGAUAGAGAUAAUUUUGAAUGAGUAAUGUAUAAUAACUGGCUUAAACUGUUAUGAAAUAUUGAGUGUAGUGCCUCAGGGGGCACCGUCAUACGAUCUUGUGAACUCGUGUUGAGAAGUUCCCGUGUUUUAUCACACAAGUUUAAAUUUUAGUACUUUGUAAAUCUUAUGUUCUGAAAAGGACGAAUUUUAGUUUUUCUAUACAAAUAUCGGAAUCAUUUGUUGUAAAAUAUAUUUCAAAAGUUAUUGGCAAAAGUCCUUUUCGUGUUCAAAUUCCGAAACAAACCUUUGACAAGAAUUAUAUUUGUAAAAAAAUCUGUAACUCAAAAACUGUACCUGGUGAUUGUAUUAAUAUGGAAAUAUACAUUUACUACAAAUCUUCCAAA